AUGGGAGCUCUUUCGUUUUUUUUUCAUGCCGCGUUUCACCUUAACUCAAGGGUUACCUAACACGAUAUCGGGGGGAGCCUACUACUCCCCUCAUGUAACAUGUGUGCCCUACAAAGUUACGAGACAUAACCGGGCGGGAGCAGCAGUUUCUUCAGGAGGGGGAGAAGAAGCGGCGUAACCUCCCGGUUCGCCAUGGAAAAAGUCCGCAAAGAUGCCAAGAAGAACCCCGCGGCGACGGCCAACAUCAUGUCCAAGAUAUUUUUCUGGUGGCUGAACCCUCUGUUCUGCAUCGGCUACAAACGCAGGCUGGAGGAAGAGGACAUGUACGAAGUGCUCCAUGAGGACAGGUCAGAGGUGCUGGGCCAGGAGCUGCAAAGAUACUGGGAGCGGGAGGUGCUAAAAGCUACCAAAGAGAUGCGGACACCCGGGCUGACUAAAGUCAUCAUUCAGUGCUACUGGAAGUCCUACGGACUGCUGGGCCUCUUUACACUUUUUGAGGAGACCAUUAAAGUGAUCCAGCCAGUUUUUCUAGGGCAAGUGAUUCGGUACUUUGAGACUUACGACCAGAACGAUACGACGGCUUUAUACGAGACUCUGGGCUACGCAGCCGGACUGUCCAUCUGCACCAUCUGCCUGGCCGUGGUCCAUCACCUCUACUUCUACUACGUCCAGAGGGCAGGCAUGAAGAUCAGAGUGGCCAUGUGUCACAUGAUCUACAGGAAGGCUCUCUCCCUGAGCAGUUCAGCCAUGGGAAAGACCACCACAGGCCAGAUAGUCAACCUCCUGUCCAAUGACGUCAACAAGUUCGAUGAGGUGACUAUAUUCCUGCACUUCCUGUGGGUGGGACCCCUCCAGGCAGCCGCCGUUGUGGGGCUGCUGUGGGAGGAAAUCGGCCCCUCCUGCUUGGCAGGAAUGGUGGUCCUCUUGUUCCUGAUGCCCACCCAGACCAUGUUUGGAAAACUCUUCUCUAAGUUCAGGAGUAAAACCGCCGUUCUGACAGACAGCCGGAUCCGAACCAUGAACGAGGUGGUUUCUGGGAUGAGGAUAAUAAAGAUGUACGCCUGGGAGAAACCCUUUGCUGCUCUGGUCUCUGAGGUCAGAAGGAAGGAAAUCUCCAAGAUCAUGAAGAGCUCCUACCUACGCGGUCUCAACAUGGCGUCUUUUUUCUGCGCCAGCAAGAUCAUCAUUUUCAUCACGUUCACCCUCUACGUGCUGCUGGGAAACACCAUCUCUGCCAGCCGCGUGUUCGUCACCGUGUCGCUGUACACGGCCGUGCGGCUCACCGUCACGCUCUUCUUCCCCAGCGCCAUCGAAAAGCUCUUCGAGAGCCGCGUCAGCAUUCGGAGGAUUCAGGAGUUCUUGCUGCUGGACGAGAUAAAAAAAAACACCGCUCCGUCAGUCGAGGGGGAGAAGAAGGAGGACAUCGGCGUGGAGAUCAAUGAUCUUACCUGCUACUGGGAUAAGAAUUUAGACGCUCCGACUUUGCAGAGCAUCUCCCUCUCUCUGGAGUCAAAUCAGUUGCUGGCUGUUAUCGGACCAGUAGGAGCUGGAAAGUCGUCCCUGUUAAGCUCGAUCCUGGGGGAGCUGCCUUACGAAAAAGGCGUCCUGAAUGUCAGAGGUCAGCUGACCUACGCCGCUCAGCAGCCCUGGGUCUUUCCUGGAACCAUUCGCAGCAACAUCUUGUUUGGAAAAGAUCUGGAACCUAAGAAGUAUGAAAGAGUCAUCAAGGCCUGUGCUUUAAAAAGGGACCUGGAGCUGCUCCCAGACGGGGACCAGACUGUGAUCGGGGACAGAGGGGCCACUCUCAGUGGGGGGCAGAAAGCGCGUGUCAACCUGGCCAGGGCCGUUUAUCAGGAUGCGGACAUUUACCUCCUGGACGACCCUCUAAGUGCUGUGGAUGCUGAGGUCGGCAGACACCUCUUUGAACAGUGCAUCUGUGGGCUGCUGAAGACCAAGCCUCGUAUCCUGGUCACACACCAGCUGCAGUACCUGAAGGCAGUGGACCAAAUUUUAGUGCUCAAGGAGGGUCACAUGGUGGCAAAAGGAACAUACGCAGAGCUGCAGCGCUCCGGAGUGGACUUCACUUCGUUGCUGGAGAAAGAAGAGGAGGAAGAGCAGCUGCAGCCUCUCCAGGACGCUCCUCCCAGGACCAGAACUCUGUCUGAGAUCUCUGUUCUCUCCAAGGCCUCCUCAGUCCACUCAGUCAAAGACGGAGACCAUUUACCGGCAGAGCAGGUACACAUGGUACCAGAGGAGAGUCGAGCUCAGGGAACCAUCGGACUGAAACUGUACCUAAAAUACCUUCAAGCUGGAGCCAGCAUUUUUAUUCUGCUGUUUGUUGUACUGAUUAACCUUCUGGCUCAGGUAUCGUAUGUCAUGCACGACUGGUGGCUGGCCCACUGGGCAAAACAGCAAGACAGCCUGACCAACAGGACUAAUGGCAACAUCACUGUAAACGGACCCAAUGUGACAGAGUUGGAUUUAAGCUUCUACCUUGGGAUUUAUGGAGGAUUAACUGCAACCACCAUCCUCUUUGGGUUCAUGAGAAAUAUCGUCUUGUUCACGGUGCUGGUGAAAUCUGCUCAGAGCCUCCAUAACAGCAUGUUCAACGCCAUCCUCAGAGCCCCUGUGCGCUUCUUUGAUGUCAACCCCAUCGGAAGAGUGUUGAACAGGUUUUCUAAGGACAUCGGUCAGGUGGACUCCAUGCUGCCUUGGACCUUUACCGACUUCAUUCAGGUGUUCCUCCAGAUUCUAGGAGUGAUCGCUGUAGCAGCGUCGGUGAUCCCAUGGAUCCUCCUCCUUGUUGCUCCUCUGCUUGGAUUGUUCAUCUUUCUGCGCCGUUACUUCCUGCGAACAUCCAGAGACGUCAAACGUCUGGAAUCCACCACUCGCAGCCCCGUCUUCUCCCACCUGUCGUCGUCUCUUCAGGGUCUCUGGACGAUCCGGGCGUUCGGAGCAGAGGAGAGGUUCCAAAAAGAUUUUGAUGCUCAUCAGAAUCUGCACUCAGGGGCGUUCUUCCUGUUCCUGACCACCUCUCGCUGGUUUGCCGUCCGUCUUGACGGGAUGUGCUCCAUCUUCGUCACCAUCACCACAUUCAGCUGCCUGCUUCUCCGAGACCAGCUGGAUGCUGGUUCUGUUGGGUUGGCUCUGUCCUACGCAGUCACUCUGAUGGGGAUGUUCCAGUGGGGCGUCCGGCAGAGCGCAGAGGUGGAGAACAUGAUGACCUCAGUGGAGAGAGUGGUGGAGUACAAUGAACUAGAGAGUGAAGCCCCCUGGGAAACCCAGAAGCGCCCUCCUCCUGAUUGGCCGAGCAAAGGCCUGGUGACCUUUGACCGUGUGAGCUUCUCCUACAGCGAUGACAGCCCGAAGGUGCUGCAUAGCCUGCAGGCGAUGUUCAGACCCAAAGAGAAGGUGGGGAUCGUUGGGAGAACGGGAGCCGGGAAAAGCUCUCUGAUCUCAGCUCUGUUCCGCCUGGCAGAACCUCAGGGAAAGAUCUACAUCGAUGGCGUUUUAACCUCCGAGAUUGGCCUCCAUGACCUGCGCCAGAAGAUGUCCAUCAUUCCUCAGGACCCAGUCCUGUUCACAGGCUCCAUGAGGAAGAACCUGGACCCUUUUAACCAACACUCAGACGAAGAACUGUGGAACGCCCUGCAGGAGGUGCAGCUGAAGCCUGUGGUGGAGGAUUUACCGGGGAAGCUGGAGACGGUCCUGGCAGAGUCCGGCUCCAACUUCAGCGUGGGUCAGAGGCAGCUGGUGUGCCUCGCCAGAGCCAUCCUGAGGAGGAACCGCAUCCUCAUCAUCGACGAGGCCACAGCCAACGUGGACCCCAGGACAGACGAGCUGAUCCAGAAAACCAUACGGGACAAGUUCAGAGAAUGCACCGUCCUCACCAUCGCUCACCGCCUCAACACCAUCAUAGACAGCGACCGCAUACUGGUUCUGGACGCAGGGCAGAUCCAUGCGUAUGACGAGCCUUACAUCCUGCUGCAGGACACUCAGGGCAUCUUCUAUAAAAUGGUGCAGCAGACUGGAAAACAGGAGGCAGCGGCUCUACUGGAACUAGCCAAGCAGGUCUACAACAGCAGAAGCCGUCCCCGCAUACCCAACGGACACGCAGAAACGCCAGACGGCAACUUGGUCAUCUUUGAAACGGCUCUGUGAGCUCAGAGGAGAAGCCGCUUCUCUGCCAGAGAGUACAGAGAGGAUGCGGGCCGGCGCCGGUCCGUUCUCCGCCGAAAGCACUGAUCCGCUGCAGCGAGGAGGCCGGGAUCUUCAGCGAGGCGCGGCGUUACACCGCUCCGCUAAACAUUUGCACACGAUGCUGCUGCUUGCAGUCGGUCAGACUGACUGCUUUAAAACUGUUCAGGUGGAGCACUACAGGUUUUUUAUUUAUAUUCAGAGUGGGCUCCAUGUUCUGGUGCCUUUUUAGUCUUUCAAUGUGCCUUAUUUCUGGUUCACAGCAGUUUUUAUUCAAAGUUGUAAAUGUGUCGAUUGUUGCACAGAAUAAGCAUCCAAGUUCAACGAUUGUAACUGGAGAUGUUUCAGUAAACAUUUGUUUUAAAACUCG